AUGUGACUGUUCGGGAUGACAUCAUGGUACCCAUGGGACCACGGAGCGCGCACCACAAAUCUACACUGCCUCUGCGCACAUAUGAGCGCAAUAUAUCUGACUUUUUUUAAAUUUAUUUUUAUAGGGAACAGGUUGCUGAACACACAAACGCGAGGCAUAGCUUGUUAUCGGCAGUCAUUAUCUAGUUGCUGCGGUUCUUCUUUUUGAGGUAGGCUACAGGCUACAGAAGAAGCGAGAUGCGCCACGCAUCAGGCUUUUGUCGAAAGAAAUCCAUGGCAGAGAUUCUAGAAUCAUGAUUAUAUAAGGAAAAGGAGAGUCGGAUGCACGCACGCCGAUUCCACCGUCACCAGAAGACUGGAAAAUAAAAGAUACAGGCUGUAACGUGCGAGCGAGGUGUCACAGGCUGGCACCAGUGUUGCCUAGCGCCAGACCACUUUGCGCCACAAGUAGAAAACAGGGGAUGCACAAAAACAGUGAAGACAACCGGGUACGAUGCAGGACUGAAUCUAUAUAUUUCCCCUAGAAUAACCAGACAGACGUUGUGUCGACUUGGCUAUCAUUUGAGUGUAAAGCGCGUCGAAUAAGUAGUCUAAUUUAUUAUCGAGAAGAUGAGUGUAAACCAGACUGGGUAUGAUGGCAUCUCUAGAGUGGAUGGUGUCACGGUAACGGGCGGCCUCAACAUCAGUGGUACCCCGAAGCUGCAACAGUGUGCUCAGCCUCCCGGUAACCGACCCAGGGAUGCCCGAUACCAGCAACACGGCGGUCGGCAGCACCAGCACGCCAGCUCCGCUGUCAAACCGCCUAAUUCUGAACGGUCCGAACCCGCGGACGUUGUGAAGCGCGCCAUUGACUUCAAGACGCAAGGCACACAGUGUUACAAGGAUAAGAAGUACCGAGAGGCGAUUGGCAAGUACCACCGUGCUUUAUUAGAGAUGAAGGGGUUGUGCCGGGUGCUGGGAGACCCUGAAGCCAGCUCUAAGUCUCCUUCCUCUGUGCUGCCUACUAUGACCAAAUCAGACAGCCUGACGGACGAGCAGAAAGGUGCCAUGGAGAACGCCGAGCUGGAGUGUUACAACAGUCUGGCAGCGUGCCUGUUGCAGAUGGAGCUGGUCAACUAUGAGCGUGUGAAGGAGUAUUGUCUGAAGGUGUUGCGUAAGGAAGGGGACCACUUCAAGGCUUUGUACCGCUCUGGAGUGGCCUACUAUCACCUAGGAGACUUCCACAAGGCCCUUCACUACCUCAAGGAGUCCCACAAACAGCAGCCAGCAGACACCAACGUUCUCCGUUACAUCCAGCUGACUGAGAUGAAGAUCCGUCGUUCUGCCCAGAAGGAGAAGAAAGAGACCGCAUAAACAACCAACACUCACUGUCUUAAUUGAUAACUGAGGCUUUGCCCGAAAUGGCACCCUAUUCCCUAUGCAGUGCAUUAGGUCCCUAUGUGCCCUGGUCAAAAGGAGUGCACUGCAUAGGGAAUAGGGUGCCAUUUGGGAUGCCGCCCACCUAACUUUUCACUCAACUGUCAAUUUGUACUUUUCUUCAUGCUCCACUCAGACCACGAUACAGGGUCUCUGUGUUUUAAAGGAUUUCUAUAUAGAUAUGCUUUACCCUUUUGCACAGCCACUUUAUCCUUCUUCGUCUUCGCCAAUUAUGUGAUUCAUACCAACGUGUGUACUUUAGUACUUAUGAGUAAUAUGUCAACUAUUUUAUACAGAUAUGCAGUACCAGUCAAAAGUUCGGACACACCUACUCAUUAAAACGUUUUUCUUUAUGUUUUCCAUUUUCUUCAUUUGUAGAAUAAUGGUGAAGACCUCAACACUAUGAAAUAACACAUAUGGAAUCAUGUAGUAACCAAAAAAGUGUUAAACAAAUCAAAAUAUAUUUUUAGAUUCUUUAAAGAAGCCACCCUUUGCCUUGAUGACAGAUUUGCACAUUCUUGGCAUUCUCUCAACCAGCUUCACCUGGAAUGCUGUUCCAACAGUCUUGAAGUAGUUCCGACAUAUGCUGAGCACUUGUUGGCUGCUUUUCCUUCACUCUGCUGUCCAACUCAUCCCAAAUCAUCUUAUUUGGGUUGAGGUCUGGUGAUUGUGGAGGCCAGGUCAUCUAAUGCAGCCGAAAGGACAGAUUUCCACCGGUCUAAUGUCCAUUGCUCAUGUUUCUUGGCCCAAGCAAGAGUGUGCAAAGCUGUCAUCAAGGCAAAGGGUGGCUACUUUUGAAGAAUCUCAAAAAAUAAAAUGUAUUUAGAUUUAUUUAACACUUUCUUUGGUUACUACAUGACUCCAUAUGUAUUAUUUCAUAGUUUUUGAUGUCUUCACUAUUAUUUACAUUGUAGAAAAUAGUAAUUUUUUUAAAGAAAAACCCUUGAAUGAGUAGGUGUGUCCAAACUUUUGACAGGUACUGUACAUACAACUGAAAUGGUGCAGCGGUCAGCCUUUUUUGGCGACCAUCUUUAAAGUUUAUGUGCAGACAUUACAAUGUUGCUGAACGUUAUAUAUAGUUGGCAAUGCACUACACUGCCAGGUCCAACGUGUAGAUUAGGGCAACAACACAUCUGAUGGAGUCAAAGUAACAGAUUUCACAGGAUGAAACAUGUGGCCUGUGAUUGGCUAAGUUAGCGUCUGCCAUCCCUCCCCCCUACUGACAACAUGUGUUUGUGUUCACCACGGAGUCACUGUUUGACAAACCUCCCACUUUUAGCCCAGGAUUCAAUCCAAUCGCGCUUUGUCCGCUUAUGCACGUGCAUUCACGGAGAUCACAUAUAAACGUGGCAUAUGUUAGCUUAAUCGGAAAAUUAUCUUUAAAAUGACGCAUUGUCCAAAUCGGUGAUCGGAUUGAAUCCCGGCCUUAGAUAUUGAGCCAAAACAACACUUGUGUUUUGUCUUUAUAGAUUAUUGAGAUUUGGCAAGAUGUGUUGAUAACUAUAAUAAUAAUAUAUAUAUAAUAUAUCUAUAAAUACUCUAUUUAGGUUAUAAGGGCACAAACACUGAAUAAAAAUAUAAACACAACAUGUAAAGUGUUGGUAUGUUUCAUAAAGCUGAAAUAAAAGAUCCCCAAAAUUGUACAUAUGCACAAAAAGCUUAUUUCUCUAAAUUUUAGUGCACAAAUUUGUUUACAGAGAAUUGAAUGUUCAUUUCUCUACCAUAUGCCGCCUCCAACGUCACAAAUUUGUUUACAGCCCUGUUUAGUGAGCAUUUUUCCUUUGCCAAGAUAGUCCAUCCACCAAAAGGCCACUCUAAAAUGUGCAGUUUUGUCACAGAACACAAUGCCACGGAUGUCUCAAGUUUUGAGGGAGCGUGCGAUUGUCAUGCUGACUUGCAGGAAUGUCCACCAGAGCUGUUGCCAGAGAAUUGAAUGUUCAUUUCUCUACCAUAUGCCGCCUCCAACGUCGUUUUAGAGAAUUUGGCAGUGCGUCCAACCAGCCUUACAACCACAGAUAACAUUUAUGGCGUCGUGUGGGCGAGCGGUUUGCUGAACGUUGUGUACAGAGUGCCCAAUGGAGGUGGUGGGGCUAUGGUAUGGGGCAGGCAUAAGCUAUGGACAACGAACACAAUUGCAUUUUAUCGAUUUUUUUAAAGGUACCUGUGACCAACAGAUACGUAUGUCUAUUCCCAGUCAUGUGAAAUCCAUAGAUUAGGGACCUAAUGAAUUUAUUUAAAUUGACUGAUUUCCUCAUAUGAACUGUAAACUCAGUAAAAAUUUUGAAAAUGUUGCAUGUUGGGUUUAUAUUUUUUUGUUCAGUGUAUUUGCUAAUUACAAGCUCAUUGUCAUGACACUUUAUCAGAAAAUAUAUUUAAAAAAGAGUAGCUUACUUUAUAAAAGAAAAUGCUAUAAGUAUGUUUUAAUUAUAUAAUAGCAAAGCUAAUUGUAUUUUGUUUGUAGAUGUAAGCAGGGGCAUUCCAUACACAAGAGUAUCUUUGAGAAACCCCCAAUUUACUGUUACGUUAUGUGUCUAAUAAAGGAGUUAUAAUUAUAUUUCUGAUUACAGUAAUUGUUUUGUUUUUUUGCACGUACCUCACCAUCAAAUCUUAAACUAUUAAUAGCACAUACCAACAAAUCAAAUUUCAUUCUCAGAAUAAAUA